AUGCGUCUCAUUCAUACCGAAAAUCUGACGCUUCAUGAUUUCCUUGGACAAGAUAUUCCCAAAUAUGUGAUCUUGUCUCACACUUGGUGGACAGAAGAGAUCCUGUUCCGGCAUGUAUCAGACAAUCAAAUUCGUCCUUCUUCGCAACAAGGGUUCCACAAGAUACAGGCUGCAUGUCACCAGGCGGUGAAAGACGAAUACUCUUAUCUCUGGGUCGAUACCUGCUGUAUCAACAGUGACAGUAGUGCUGAGUUAUCUGAGGCUAUCAACUCGAUGUUCCAAUGGUACAAAGGGGCUGCAGAGUGUUAUGCCUUUCUUGCUGACGUAGAUGUCGAGAGAAAAGAAGAGUCUCGAAAAAAUGUGAAGUUUGAAAAUAGUCGCUGGUUUACCAGGGGCUGGACUUUGCAGGAGCUACUGGCGCCUGCAAAUGUGUAUUUCUUCGACCAGUAUUGGAAUGUGAUUGGAACGAAGCACGAACUUGAGGCGGAGAUAUCUGCUGCAACUGGUAUAGCUUCCCACUUCUUGACGUUUCCUGGAUAUGCCAGUAUUGCCCAGAAAAUGUCGUGGAUGUCUAAAAGGCAGACUUCAAGAAGCGAAGAUAUAGCUUAUUGCCUACUGGGUCUAUUCGACGUCAAUAUGCCACUUCUCUAUGGCGAAGGCGAAAAGAAAGCCUUUCUGAGGUUGCAGCAUGCGAUCAUCGAGGACUCAAACGACGAGUCCAUCUUCGCCUGGACCGAUAAGACGCUAUGGCAUAGUGGCAUGCUGGCUCGCUCCCCAAAAGCUUUCAAGGAAUCUGGGAAUGUAGUGACAACCUUGUCCGACAGACCAUGGGGGCAUUUCCGACCACCUUAUACAAGAACGAAUCUUGGAUUGAAAAUGAAAUUCCGAAUCCAUCAAAGCGAAAGCUGGGUCAAUUCAAAGGUGCCCGAGCCGAACUUCACGAAACCGUUGAAUUGCAAAUCUUCAACUACUGGCCGGUCACUUUUCGUCAAAUUCAAGCUAUUGAAUUUUGAUGAGGACCAUGCGAAAGAUUACAAUCUGAAUAUGAAUGUAGUCAGGUUAGCCAUGCGUACGCAUCUCGAUGUAUUUCACUACGCCGAGGAAGCGCUAGACUAUCAUCCCAUACCAGACGGAGAGCUACUAGCUUUCUACUUUUCAGACAAAUACUCUGAGAAACCUCGCUGGGAGGAAGAAAUACUUCUAUAUGGCUUGUGGCGCCCGUUGAGUGAUCCAAAGGGAACAGUAACACCAUAUUUCAUCCUUCGACUAGCCCCGAACAUGUUUUCAGGGCUGGUACUUCUACCCGAUUUCGAAGGGCCACAUGCUCAAAUACGGCUAUUCUAUGACUCGGAGCAAGCCAGCCUACCUGUCCCUCUUCUCCGAGAAGCAUCUUCGGCUCUGAUUAUCCGAUUUAUUGAUGAGCACGCUAUGGUUCUCAUAUCCUGGGGUCUGGAUUCUGACAACAAGAUACAAUUGAGGAUUCGCUAUAUUUUUGCGACAAAGUUCCUGAAAGACCCUCGAGGGGGAGACAAGCCCCCCAAAGGUCUGCUAACAUCUGCUCCUUCUUGUUACGCGCUUGGGCUCUCUUAUCCUGAAGGAGCUAUCGAUUGUGUAGCCUGGUCUGUAGAUCAUGACUUCUCGUUGAAUGAUUGUCACUCAGUCCGGUGCGGGCUGGAUCAACAUAUGUGGGUGACGGUGAGGGAGACUCGUGAAGUCACAGGGAGGACGACAUGGUUCAUUGAUACAGAUGUAACGACUGAUAAUAUGAUCGGCUGA